GGCCAGUUAUUAGUAUCAAGUUAUAAAACUGAAGAUGCCACUGACAAGAAUUGGGAGAUGGACUGUGUUGUAUGGUAUCGUGGCCUUAGAGGUAGCAGCCAUUACUGGAACAUACUAUGUGUGGCACAACAUGAACACCAGCCAAAGCUAUAGAAAGAAAAUGUACGAAAAGCAUCCACUUGUAUUAGAAGCAUUUUAUAAGUCGUGCAGUGCAGUUGGGAUAGUAGGAGUAAAGGAACAUGAUAUGGAGGAAUGGAAGAAAAAUCAAUAAAAGAUCCAGAAAUAAUCAUAAAUUAUUAUUUACUAAAUAUUGUGAUGUAAACAUUGUGACAGAAAUGCAUCAUGACAGUAAAUGAGAUCAAAAUUAAAUGAAAA